AUGGCAGCCUCAUCUGAACUGCAUGGUGUGCAUCAGCCUAUUAGGUCAAUUAGCUUGCCCUCUAGACUACACCCUUGUUCUGUUAGACUCGAAUCAAUACGAGACCGCCUAAAGUCCUGUCAAAUUUCGUCAUCUUCAACGACGAUCCCAUUCAAAACUGAGACUAUUCAACCUAGUCUAGCUGGCCUUGCUGAGUUGUUUAGUUGUCUGGAGGAAGUCAUUCACUCUCCUCUCACUCAACAAGCUCUUCUGCGCCAUGAAAAUGGAAAGUUGGUGGAAGAAGUUCUAGACGGUUCACUCACAUUGCUGGACACAUGCGACACCUCAAGGAAUAUUGUCUAUACAAUGAAGGAACAUGUCCAAUCCCUGCAGUCGGCUUUACGUAGAAAGGGUGUAGAUUCAAGAAUUGAAAGUGACAUUCAUGCUUACAUGCGCUUUAGAAAGAACGUGAAAAAGGACAUUGCUAAGUGCCUUAAAGCAUCGAAGCGAAUGGGAAACACAGUUGAUUCCGCUCCAGUACUCUUACAUUUUGAUCACCAUCUAUCAAUGGUGGUCAGAGUUCUAAAAGAGGCAAGCGCAAUCUCCCUCUCCAUUUUCCAAUCUCUUUUACUGUUCCUGUCCGUUCCCAGGAUGAAGACAGAUGGACGGUGUUCGUUGACUUCAAGAUUAAAGUGCCUGAGAUUCUUGCCUUCCGAGAAAGAACAGAAGAUUAUCAAUGUGGCGGGAUGUGUUGACCUUGCUCUUUCUUCCCUCCAUGGGCAUCUAAGACAUAAUGAUGACGCCAAGGCUGACGUUCAACUAGCGCAAAGGAAGUUGGAGACACUCCAUCUUAGUCUUGACGACAUUGAGGACGGAUUAGAUUGUAUAUUUAGGAGUUUAGUCCGAAAUAGAGUGUCUUUCUUGAACAUCCUUGCUCAUUAAGGAGGCUAUCAAUUUUUUUGUAAAUAUCUCAGAAUGGCCAUAUUCAU